CUGAACACUCAUAGACUUUACUAAGUGCACCCUCUCCCCCUCCUUCACUCUCUUUCACUCUUCUCACUCGAGCUCAAGACUGCUUCAGCAGUCAUAAGGUGGGGCUUUUCAUUUUGGAUAGCAAAAAGAACUCUACAGGGUGGCAGAAAGUGAAGAUGUCGAUGUCGCUGUUAACAGUGAUCUGUCUGUCAGCUAUCCAGCUGUGCAUGGGAGAUCAGCCAGUGGAGGAAAUCAUCCAAAUGAAAACUGUGCCUCUUCUUGGUGGUUGGACUGAGAGGGACCCAGAGUCGGCAGAGAUUCAGGAGGCAGCUCAAUAUGCCGUUAAGAUGUUCAACACGCAUUCAAAGGCCAAGAAAAUGUUCAAAUUGGUCUCAGUCACCAGUGCCAAAACUCAGGUUACCAACAAGAUCCUGUCUAAAAUUGACACUAUCGUUGGAAAAACAAAGUGUCUCAAGUCUGAAAAUCCUGACUUGCACAGCUGCAGUCUUGUGAAAAAGCAACUGAAGUGCCACUUCGUGGUGACGUACGACCCACGAAACAAUGAACACGAAUUGCAGAGCCACAAGUGCAGUAAAUUUGCGGCAAAGGUUUAACAUUGGCUAAACCUUUUUAUGACUUUUAUAGCAUUGACUACCUUCUACACAUUUUUGACAUGCAAUAAAAAACAAGCUUUGUACCCAGUUUGGAUGUAAAUUUUGGUUGUUUGAAGGAGCUUCAAAAAGAAAAUCAAAUAAAAUGAGAAAUAAAGCUGGUUGAAA